CUGGUGGCUGAAACCUGAAAGGAUGCUCCAUUCUGGAAUCUGGACCUUCAGAAACAAUCUGGCCAUUUAUGCUAUCUUUACAAACAUUUAUAUGAUGGAAUUUUUUAGGAGAGUUUUUGGGUUCAAUUCAGUACCCAAUGAAGAUCGUUUUUCUGAAAGAAAUCAUAUGGAUGAGGAAUAUCCCUACUUCACACCCUUCACAUUUCCUUUCUUCAACCAUCCUAAUUCUGAGGCUUGGGAAUCCUCUUCUCCCAAUGGUUACUAUCAUCAAGAAUAUGGCUCCAUUGAUCCCUUCCAACAAAUGCACCAGAUGAUGGAAAUGCUUGACAGAGCCAUGUCUAGCAUGGACUUCUUGGACCCAGGCUAUCAUUCACAAUUGAUGCCGCCACCAAACAGCUCACCAGGCCCAUCAACACCUCUCAGUCCCCGAGACAGGUUCCUGAAAACACCAGAUUCUCUGUUGCCACCUGAAGCUCUGCCAGACUCUGCCACUCCAUCUCAAGACAGCCACGAGGCUCUGGACGACUCGACAACGCAGGAAUUUCAUCAUCAUGAAGUUAUGCCCUUUCAAAAUCCUCAUGGAAGUUUUGGGUUUGGAAGCAUAUUCCGGAUGAUGGACGAGAUGUUGCGGCCUUUUUCUAGGGGUGACACGAUGCGACCUUAUAAUGAGCCUGACGUUCCUGAAGGAUAUGGGCUCCAUUCUCCACCUGCCAGGGAGAAUCUACUGAAAGAAGACCAAGAUUUAGAUAAACAGCCCCGUAAUAACCUGCAGGAACUCCUGAAGGAUGGGCCAGGCUACAGCGGCGCUCCAGCUCCUCUGAUCCCUCAUGAACCCACAGUCCGACGGAGCUUUACGUCCACCUCCAUCAGCAGGACCGUCCGCCCUGAUGGUGUGAUAGAAGAACGUCGCACGUACCGUGACAGCAGCGGCAAGGAAGAGGUCACCGUCACCGAGAUUCAGCCGGGGACAGCGAGUAGCCUCGUGCCAGAUCCCUUUGUAGAUGGUGGAUUUUCAUCUUCAUUUUUCGGCAAAUUCUUCCGAUGAGCCCAACGUUGAUGUUUGGCAUCAAGUUCCCAACGAACAGCAGAGUAAUGCAACGAUGUGCGUGCCAAUCAUUGGCGAAUGUAAUGCAAGUGCAUUCAUAUUAUCAUACACUAAUAGAAAGUUAUCCGAGUAAUUGAAUAUUAAUUUGAACGAGCUGUAAAUUUGACCAGUCCAAACAUUACACCUGGAGACAAGGCUAUGCUCCGUUAAUCCGCCAAGAUAAAGCAGUUCGUUCAUUUAAUUUAAAAAAUUUUAUCAUAGUGAUGGUUUGUUUUCCUAAAUAGAUGAUUCUAAGUAAGUGUAUUAGACCCGUGCGCUUGUUAUUCGCGUAUAAUUUUUGAAGCUACUAAUACUGCACGAGCAGGAAGCGAGACAUAACUGGUAUUGAUCCACAGUUGACUCCCUGCGGCGUCAGUGAUAGGUACAUUUAGUUGAUCAGUGUGUUCAAAGAGUGUACAUAUUAUUAGUAUAUUCUCCUACAUUAUGCCGAGAAUUGUAAUAUAUAAUCAUUCUAAACUUCUAAAAUAAAUUUCCCUCAUU